CAUUUUUAUAUUGCUUGCUCUGUUUAUUGUUUUUUCAAAUAUUUCUUUUUCAUUUCCUUUUAUUACAUUCAAUUUCAAUUUCACCCUCGCGAAUUCCAUCUACAUACUCUAAUCCACAUAGUUAUAAAAUGCCGAGCGAUACACCCACCCAGGAGCAGCUGAACGAGUUUAAGGAGGCAUUUGGUCUGUUUGACCGCACUGGUGGCGGCACGAUCCCCCCGUCGUCGCUCGGCACUCUUCUGCGCGCGCUCGGACAGAACCCGACCGAGGCCGACGUGCACGACCUCACUGGUGACAUUGAUCCCUCGGAUGAAUCGAACGGAAUCGACUUCAAGUCAUUUGUUGAAAUUGUCAUGCGCCCCGGAGGCUUCAACUCUGCCAACUCGGAGGCCUCGUUUAAUGAGUUUGUCCAGGCGUUCCAGGUUUUUGACCGCGAGGGCAAUGGCUUUAUCUCGGCCGGUGAGCUGAGAUACGUGCUGACCAGCCUCGGCGAGGCCCUGUCGGACGCUGAGGUUGACGAGCUGCUGAAGGGCGUGCCCAUGGACAAGCACGGGAACAUCAACUACGAGGAGUUUGUUCGGACUCUGACGAGCAACUAGGGCCUAUAAGUCUGUUACUCUUUUCUCUACUUUUAAAUGCCGGGCGGCUUUGGUCCGGCUAGGUUUUUUAUUACAAAAUUUUCUUUCUGUCUCA